UCUGCAAAACUGAGAAAACUUCCACCAUUCCUGACCAUUUCCUUGUUGAGGUUCAACUUUGACUUUGCCAAGUGUGAGCGCUACAAAGAGACCGGGAGCUACGCUUUUCCUCUUACAUUCAACCUCAGACCAUUUUGUGAGCAGAACAAUUGGCCAGACUCAGAGUAUUCGUACGAGCUCUUCUCCAUCAUCAUACAUAAAGGAGGUUGUUAUGGAGGUCAUUAUCAUGUCUACAUCAAAGACAUCGAUCAGCUCGGCUACUGGGAGGCACCGGAGGAAGAGGUAAAAGUGAAGCCGAAAACCCAGAAACGAGAGGACAAAGUCGGAGAAAGAAAGAAAGAGAGUGAAAAUUCUGUUGACGAAGAGGAUCCUCUCUCUGUACUUACUGGCAUUCUGGCUCAGGAGGAGUCAAAAUGUGUGCUUGUAGACCAGCUGGGCCAAAAGCUGAUGAAUAAAACCGGCACGCCAUGGAGCAAAAAAUAUAAAAAACAGUAUG